AUGACCCGCUUUAAUAUCAAAAUUGUUUCCGAUGCGAUCUGCCCUUGGUGCUAUGUGGGCAAGAAGCGCCUCGAGCGUGCCAUCGAGACGUACAAAAGAGACGUCCCCGGCAGUGCCAAUGACACCUUCUCAAUCUCGUGGCAUCCCUUCUAUCUCGACCCUACGCUACCGAAGUCCGGCAUCGACCGGAAGGAGCACCUGCUCAAGAAGUUUGGGCCUGAACGCAUGGCAAUGGCAAAUGCCCACCUUCAGACACUCGGCGAGGCCGAGGGCAUCAAGUUCUCUUUCGGGGGCAAGAUUGGCAACACUCGCGACGCCCAUAGGCUCGUCCAGCUCGCCAGAACCAAAUCCAACGAAAUGGAGAACCGCCUCAUCUCGACCAUGUUCAAGAGCCACUUCGAAGAAGAUGCCGAUAUCACGUCCCAGGACGCGCUGGUCGCAAUGGGUGAGAAGGCAGGUCUGGACAGGGCCGAGGUGAAGCAGUGGCUCGAGGAUGGCAAAGGUGGGCAAGAGGUCGAUCGUGAGGUCGAAGAGGCGUACAGCGAUGGCAUCCAUGGCGUUCCCAGGUUUAUCAUAAACAACCGGUACGAUGUGGAAGGCGCCCAAGAUGUGCAAACGUUCGUAGACAUCUUUGUACGGGCAAAGAAGGCAUCGCCGGAUGUCAGCGCGGUUUCAUCGGAAGGGGUGAGCUGCUAG